AUUUAUUAAUACCACCCCCAACAACAAAAACAUGGUCUUAGAAAUGGAAAUGUCCAAAACCUAUCAAUACCGCAAGGUCAUGAAACCCAUGUUGGAACGCAAACGUCGUGCCCGCAUCAACAAGUGCCUCGACGAACUCAAGGAUAUCAUGGUCGAAUGCCUGACCCAAGAGGGUGAACAUAUUACCCGUUUGGAGAAAGCCGAUAUCUUGGAAUUAACUGUAGAACACAUGAAGAAAUUGAGGGCCCAAAAGCAAUUGCGCCUCAAUGGCAACCAGGAUACCAAACUGACCAUUGCUGAAAGUUUCCGUGCUGGUUAUAUUCAUGCCGCCAAUGAGGUGUCCAAAACAUUGGCCACAGUUCCCGGUGUCAGUGUGGAUUUGGGUACCCAAUUGAUGAGCCAUUUGGGUCAUCGUCUGAACUAUUUGCAAGUUAUUGUACCCACUGCCGUGGCUCCUUUGGGAGUUGUACCCAAUGCAACAGCAAUCCAUCCUUCUUCGUCCAGCAGUCAUUUCCAAUCGAUGGUAGCCGCUGGACAAACUCAAUUGUCCGCCAACUCUUCAUUGUGUGGCAGUCCAGAACCUCCAGUAUUGAUUACACCACCACCAUCUGAAUGCGGCAGCAGUGAAAGUGGUACUUGCAGUCCAGCUCCCAGUGAUUCCGGAUCAAUGUGGCGUCCCUGGUGA